CACCUCUCUCUCUCUCUCUCUCUCUCUCUCUCUCUCUCUCUCUCUCUCUCUCUCUCUCUCUCUCUCUCAUUAGUGGAUACAUACUGCUGCAGAGAGAUGAUGGAUUUCAUGGGUACUGAGGAUAAGGAAAUUGCAGAAUAGUUGAAGGGAACAGAGUGGUAAUCUGUAUUCACAAGGAUAUAUAAUUGGUACCAUGGAAUUCACUCGUGAGGAGUUGGAGCUUAUCAAAAAACGGAUUGCUACAAGAAAAAUGGAAGCUCAAUGUGGUGGUGGUGGUGGUAGUGGAGAAAUGAGAAAAAUUCACAUAAUCUAUUUUCUCAGCCGAAAGGGUCGGACCGAACACCCCCAUCUCAUCAAAGUUCAUCAUCUCUCCAGAAAUGGCGUCCGUCUGCGUGAUGUCAAGAGAUGGCUUUCGGAAUUGCGAGGAAAAGACAUGCCUGAAUCAUUUGCUUGGUCUUACAAAAGGAGGUACAAGACUGGUUAUUUAUGGCAAGACUUGCUGGAUGAGGAUCUUAUUACUCCAAUCUCCGACAAUGAAUACGUCCUCAAAGGAUCCGAAAUUCCCUCCCUUGAUCUUUAUCUUCGUUCACCUAGUAAAAGCAGAGCCUCCUCCUUUCAAGAAGAUGAAGUUCAAGAACACCGCAAAUCAACAAUGGAAGCCCCGAAAAACUCAACGUGCGAAAUCGAAGAAGAAUCCCCCACGUUCGGCUCUGAGGCCUCCACGGUGACCGAUGAUUCAACGAAGCUCGAAGAGGAGAAGAAUAUUUCGGGAGAAAACAAACCGGAAACACCGAGAAAAAGCGACAAGAUCGAUAAUUCCUCCUCGUUUUACUCAAGUCUAUUGAACAAAAACAAUUCCAAGAAGACGAAGAAAAAUGACGCUUCUAACCCCACUAGCGCACCGGCUCCACCACCACCAACGCCGCGGUCAUCACAGUUCACCAAGAGCAAGAGCUACUCCGCCAACGUGUUCCGGAACUUGCUCUCGUGCGGCGCUGUGGACGCGAACGAAACCGCGAUGGUGACGAUAAACAGGCGCGAAAAGAACUCUUGCCACAUUAUUCCCCCGAAGAAGCCCGCGGAUGUCGAAAACAUUGCUGGUUAUGGAAAUGCAGCCAGGAUUUGCAGAGGAGACAAGUUGGGAGGGUCUGAGAGGGUAUUUAGGACAUCUUGGCACCAUGAACAGAAACCACAUCCCGAUGCAAGGAAAAGCUGUGAUGGGGGGAGGAGUUCAAGCAAUAGUACCAAGGGUGAAUUCAAUAAUCUGAAGCCAGUUUCUGCAGCUUACAAACCAAUCAAUGGCCCGAAUUGCGCACCUUUUCCAGAUUCGCGAACACGAAGGAGUGAUCAAAACAUGCAUGACAAUAAUAUGAUGCAGGCAAUGCGGGAAGAUGUUUAAGCCAGAGAAAUUGCACAAGCACAUGAAGUCGUGUAGAGGGAUGAAAUCCUUGGCCAAGGGUGCAACUUCAGCUUCUGUUUUGGAGACAAGAAGAUCGUCAGUGGAUUCCGCUUGCCAAGAAUCGGUUUCGGGCUAUUUCUUGACUGAUGGAAGUGAAUUUCAGUAGAAAACUAGAAACUACUGAUAAUUUUUACCAGGUCAUUUUUGUGCACAAAGAAAUAGUAUUUCACCAUUUUACUUUUACUUUCCCUCUUUCAUUGCUUUCUCGCGACGUAAAGUUCAAAGUAGGGAGGUUUAUGCAGUUGGUGAUCUUGGAAAUACAAAAUUUGGACUAAUUUAUCA